AUGACCCGUGUUAAACAAACACAACGAUUACCGUUACAAUAUAAUCGUUCUCUGACUCCAUGCAUAUCUACUUGGGACACAUUAUUAAAUUUAUGUCGACAAUUUUAUCGUUAUAUUUUUGCUCAUAUUCAUGAUUUUAUUUAUUCUACAUUAUUCGGAUAUUUAACAUUAAAUGAACGAUUAUAUGUAGCCGUACAUGAGAAUGAUAUUGUUUCUGUUAAAAAAUUACUUGAAUGUGGCGCAGUACCAUCAUAUCAACCUCAUGAUAUUGACGAUAUUGUCAAUCAUUUAAGUAAAACACGAUUAAAUAAACGUUAUAGUAAUUCAACAACAUCAACAAAUGCUUCCAUUUAUUCUUCAAUUGUUGAAUGUGAUAGUAUGCUAUAUAUGGCCGUAUCAAACAAUAAUCUUUGUCUAAUUAAACAACUAACAAAUUAUUAUGAUUUUAGAAAGCGAAAACAUACAGAAGCCGUUUCAUUAUGUCUAGCUAUUAAACGUGGUUAUUUUUCACGAUAUAAUCAUGAUAAUAUUGUUGAACAUUUAAUUGAUUAUGCUCAUAUAAAUCCUAAUGAUUGUGUUCAAACAGGUUGUAAACAUUGUAAAUGUGGAAAAAAUUUAGAACAAAAAUAUCAAUUUCCAUUAUAUCAUGCAUGUAAAGAUAAUCAUUUUGAUCUAGUUAAAUAUUUAUUAGAAGAAAAACAUUGUCAUAUAAAUCAAUUAACAACUACUUAUGAAACAGCAUUACACGGAGCACUUCUAGGUGAAUUUGAAAAUAAAUAUGAUACAUCACGUAAUAGUGAACAACGUUAUUUAAUUGUCAAUUAUUUAUUGAAUAGAAAAGAUUGUGAUCCAAACAUAGGUGUUAAUCCACUAUGUGUAUCAUUAUUUUCUGAAACAUACGAUUAUACAACAUUAUUACUUGAUUUUAAAUGUGAUGUUAAUCGUUUGGGUUAUGAUUGUUCAUCAAAAUUAACACAAGAUGGUCGAGAUUUAUUAUAUCCACUUGAUCAUCCAUUAUGUAUAUGUUUACGUUUAUUAAUAUCAUUGAAAGAGAAGAGACAUUCAUCUACACAUCAUGAAACACGAUUAGUACCUGGUCAUUAUUCAAAAGAACAUGCUAUUCGUUUAAUAAAAUCAAAUUCAAAUAUUUAUGCUUGUUAUGAUAAAGGAAGUUAUCCAUUAUUAUUAUGUGUUAAAACAAAUGAAGUAGAUUUAGUAGAAUUAAUGUUAGAACAAAAUUGGUCAUAUUUACAAUUUGAUAUUAUUCAACCAUUAAUAGAAGCAUGCAUUCAAUCACGUUGUAAUAUUGUUAAAUUAUUUAUUCGUAAUGGAUAUAAUCCAAAUACAAUUGUCAAAACAUUAGCGAAUAAACAAUUUGAUAUCAAACGUUCUUUACCAAAUUCAUCAUCAUCAUCAUCAUCAUCACCAUCUUCAUCCAUAUUAUCCAAUUUAAAUCGUUAUUGUUCAAUAUUACUUCCAUUACUACCAGCCUAUGAUGUUGAUAAAUAUUCAAAUUCUACACCAUUUCUUUCUCUAUGUCGAUCAUCAUCAUUAUUAUUUCAUGAAGAUUUGUAUGAGUCAACAAUGAAAACAGUUGAAAAUUUAUUUUCUCAAAAUUCUGUUCAUUUUUCAUCGUAUCUUGCAGCACAAUCAUUUUUUUAUAGUCUUCAAAAUGAACAUUAUCCAUUUGUUUAUUUAUGUAUUGAACAUGGAUGUCUAUUAGAAUUAUUUUCAAAUAAGUUAAAUUUUAAAACAACAAAAAUGACACGAUUUUGUUAUACAUUAUUUUCUAUCAUUGAUUUAUGUUUCCGAUGUUCACUUAGUGAUACGGUGAAACAAUCAUUAUUGAAAGCUUAUUCGAAAACACAAUUAAAAAUAAUUUCAUACGACGUACUAAGUACAAAGUCAAGCGUAUGCGCAUAUAUUCAACUGUGGUUUAAUAAUAAAUAUGAUUUAUUUAUGAAUGAUCCAAUUUUAAUUGAACAUAUUCGACAAUUACCUUAUACAACAGAUAUUAUCCGAGAUAAAAAUUUAUCAUCAAAAAUUAUUAAUCAUAUGGAUACAACAAUAUCAACAGUAUCAAACUUAAAACAUUUAUGUCGAUUAAAAAUACGUUCAAAAUUACCUAAACAACGAUCAAAUUUAUUUUCAAUUAUUAAAAAAAAUUUCAUUGAUCAAGGACAAUUACCUAUUACAUUAUGUUCUUAUUUAUUCUAUGAUAAAUACGAAUCCCAUACUUUAAUUGAUCAUUUAUUACAUGGUAAAAAAUGGAAUGAUAUUGAUUGGAUUUAA